AUUCACAAUUUUACUUCCAUGGACCAAAAUCCAACAUUUCUGCUGAAGAAAUAUGCCAUUCAUCCUACCACUUUCCUUAAUCCCCUUUCAACACUAUUUUGGGGACAGUUUUUCUUCAAAACCCCAAUAUUUUAGGGGGGGGAAAUUUGGUACCAAAUUCUAAUUAGAGAUAAUGGCUCUACAUUUGAGCAGUGCAUGCUUCUGUACUUUUGGUCGGAAUAAAAUUAGUACAGUUAAAGCUGUGGCUUCUGGGCAGGAAAGUACUGUUGUGAAGACCGAUGAAGAGAAAUUGAAAUUGGGUGGUUCUGAGCUGAAGGUGAGCAGGCUUGGGAUUGGAGCCUGGUCAUGGGGUGACACCAGUUACUGGAACAAUUUCGAUUGGGAUGACCGAAAAAUGAAGGCUGCCAAGGCUGCUUUUAAUGCCAGCAUUGACUGUGGUAUAACAUUAGUUGAUACAGCUGAGGUUUAUGGCUCAAGGCUCGCAUUGGGUGCCGAGAGUUCUGAAACCCUGUUGGGAAGAUUCAUCAAGGAAAAGAAAGAUAAGAAUCCAGAUAUAGAAGUCAAUGUUGCAACCAAAUAUGCAGCUUUACCAUGGAGGCUUGGUCGCCAGAGUGUUAUUUCUGCUCUGAAGGAUUCUCUUUGUCGUCUUGGACUGUCUUCAGUGGAUCUCUAUCAGCUCCACUGGCCAGGAGUAUGGGGAAAUGAAGGAUAUAUUGAUGGUCUAGCAGAUGCAGUGGAGCAGGGUCUUGUGAAGGCUGUUGGAGUGUGCAACUAUAAUGAGAAGCGUCUUCGUGAUGCAUAUAACCAACUUCAAAAGAGAGGUAUUCCUCUGGCUUCCAACCAAGUAAAUUACAGUCUCAUAUACAGACUCCCAGAGGAGAAUGGUGUCAAAACUGCCUGUGAAGAACUUGGGAUCACUAUAAUCGCUUAUUCGCCAAUUGCUCAAGGUGCUCUGACGGGGAAAUACACUCCAGAUAACCCUCCCUCUGGUCCUAGAGGACGGAUUUAUACCCCCGAGUUCCUGACGAAGUUACGACCUCUGAUAAAUCGAAUAGAAGAGAUUGGACAAAACUACAAUAGAACACCAACUCAGUUUAAUUUCUCUUCACAGGUUGUCCUCAACUGGUUAAUCGCCCAGGAGAACGUUGUACCAAUACCCGGGGCCAGAAAUGCGGAGCAGGCUACAGAGUUUGCUGGUGCGCUUGGGUGGAGACUCAGUACCGAAGAAAUUGAUGAGCUCCGUUCUAUGGCAUCAGAAAUCAAACCUGUCACAGGAUUCCCAGUUGAGAAGUUCUAAUUUUCGAAAACUUUUACAUGUCUAUAGCUGUUUUACAAUUUGGGCAAUUUGUAAAAUGGAUUUUUCUUUUUUGCUGUAUUACAUGUAUAUGCUGGUUCUGGGCAGAAUUAUUGUUAUCUAUAUGAGACCACAGAUGUUGCAUGUUU